GUCAAUGUUACAGGAAUCACUAACAACUUGAGUUAAAUGUAUAUGGGAUAUAGGCUCCUCUGGCUAUAGGCUCCUUGGUUUAGUGAGAAAAAUUGACAACAAACAGGACAAUUAAUUUGCCUCUACUUUGGCUUGCCAGAGGUAUCAUGAAAGGUCUCACAUGGACUUAAUGCGUGGACUCCUUGCUGCCAUGGGCUUUGAUUGUUCCCGACGUGCAAAAUCUACUGCUCAGAGGUGAGUGGUUGCCACUUUGUGUAACUUAGGCUAUAUAAUGCUCAGACAAAGAGAGUUAUAGUAAAAAGUUGUAACAUUUACAUGUUCAGUUUAAAAGCUAUAGCCUCUUAUUCCCCUACAUAUUCAUUUGGACAGUGAAGCUACCACUUUUAAUUAGGCUUUAUACUCCAGCAUUUUGGAUUUGAGAUCACAUAUUUCAUGAGGGACAAUACAGAAUGUCACCUUUUAUUUUAGGGUAUUUUCAUACAUAUCUGUUUUACCUCCUCUGUUAUUGGUAAUGGUGAGAGGUUAGCAUGUCUUGGAGGUAUGAUCUUUGUGCCUGUAACUUUCUCUCUCAUCAUUAUUUGUGAUUCAUACAUGAUUAUCCGUAAUCAUGGUAGCAUCCACAUUAAUGUAGAAGUGUUCAGAAACGUAUUUACUUAUUUACAAAAAAGUGACUCCAAAAUGACACAAUACAUUAUUAUCCAUUCAUUUCUAUUGGGCACAACAUAAUCCAAAACACAACCAAAACAAACUGCAAAUGCUUCUAAGUUUGUCGAGUCACAAGCUUGACAUAGUCAUUGCAUGCUAGGAAUAUGGGACUAAAUACAAAACUUUUGAAUACUUUAAUACAGUGAAUUUGUCUAAAUACUUAUGACACCUUCAAAUGUGGGGACUAGAUACAUAAAGUGCUUUAAUUUCUAAAUGGUUAAACAGAUAAAUACCCUCCAAUAAAAGAUGACAUUCUGUACUGUCACCACAUAUGAAACAUUUGAUCUCAAAUCCAAAAUGCUGGAGUAUAGAGCCAAAUUAAAAGUUUUACCUUCGCUGCCCAAAUAAAUACAUAGGGGAGUGUAUACUGUAUAUUAUAAGACUGAAAUUAAUGGUAGCUAGGUCUUUUUAAGAGGUAAUUAACAUUUGUUUCCUUCUUCCUCCUGAAACAGCUCACAAGCGGAGGUGACAGUGGUACAUGUUGCCAGGAAGGAGAGCAGCCCUCAGACCUGUAGUCUUUCCCUGGACCUCGACACACCGCACUGCCAAAGCUGCAUCUCCUACGAGGCUCGGCUGCAGCGCCUGGUCUGCGGACACUUCUACUGUGACCAGUGCAGAGGCUGCAUCAUUAACCAGGCUUUCAAGGACAUCGAGGGCCUCUCGGACUACCCCUGUCCUAUGUGCAACUCUAUCCGUCAGCUGGGAGGCACAGUGCCUGAGCCACGGCUCUGCAGUAAUAGCCCCCCCACUGUGUCUGUGGGCUUCAACGAUCCCUCCUCCCCCACAUCCUCACCUUAGCUCUACUAAUGCAGGUCAUCAGGGAAGAGGACUCUGGGAAUUGAAGUAAGAAAGUAGAAAGCCACUUUGUAGUCUGUUUAGUGGAAAAACAGACUUAAUCAGAGAUUCUGUUUUUUUUUCUUUCAGAUUUCUUUUAGGAGAACUGACUUUUUCAUGAGGAAGUGUGCUCCAGCAAACUACAUUUGUAUUUUCUUUAUUUCUUUCAUAAUGGAUGACAGUGAGGGUUGUUUUUGGCUGCUUUAUUGCAUUUUAUGUAUAUAAAUCUAAAUACAAACCUACAUUGAGUAAAAAAGUAACAAUUUAAAACUGGUCAUAUAAAAUACAUAAGGAUUGUAUAAAACAAACAAAGUUUAUAUAGAUCACAUUUUGUACAAAUGGAUUUAUGUAUCAUGCACAUCUUGAUAAGCGAGAAGGCAGGGUAAUAACAUGACUGAACAGUCUAUAAAAAGAUUGCAACCUGUGUUAAAAGGAAUAACACCCAAACAUUAGUCCCAAGUUAUAUUAAGUGUCGCUAAAACAUGUAUUUACAUGGUAAUUACACAGACAGGUUUAGUGUAAUUACAGUGUAGGUACACAUUUGAACAAUUUGGUUACAAAUUACAUUUAUAAAACUGAAAUUGGACAACAUACUCUUACAACAAUGUGAACAACAUACCUGCCAAUGUAAUUAAUAACCAUGUAAGAUUGGUUGUUUUAGCUACACUUUAUAUAAAAGUGGGACCCUAAACAUUAAACAACUUAAUUCCGGAAGUACACAAAGCAAA